AUGUCAAAGGCCUUUUUGACCAACUCCACUGACACCUUCACCCACCACACCAACACCUUCGUCAUCAACCACACCAGCAUCAAUCACACCAACACUGGCACCAUCACCUUGGAGGAAGGCCAGACGCUUGUUCUACAGUGUGUUGCUCCUCAGGAGGAGAGCUCUUCCUUCCAGUGGAUGGCUCCCUCAGAGUUUACCAUUUUUUUUAAUGACCAGCCUGCUUUGAAAAGUUCCAAAUACCAGCUUGUACAUUACUCCAGCAAUCAACUCUCCAUCCGCAUACCUAACAUAACUCUGCAAGACGAAGGCGUGUACAAGUGUUCACAUUACAGCAGCACCUUCGUGAGAACAAAGGAAGUAAAUGUGACUGUGUUAGCAACUCCUCGCAAAGCAUUCCUGGACAUUUCAACUAUCAAAGUUAAAAAUGAGGAACACCACGUCAUACUUAAAUGCUACACCAUAGGAAGUCGGCCGCCUCCGGAGAUAACGUGGCACUUGGGGAACGGCAUAGAGUUCUACAGUGAAACUCAGCAGACUUUUGAAACUGAUGGGAAGAAAUGCAAUACAACCAGCACACUCAUAGUGCGUACAUAUCACAAAAACUCAACAGCGAACUGCAUUAUCCAACACAAAGGACUUCAAGAGAGAAAACUGGUAACAGUCUUCCGGUUUGAAGAUUUGGUUACUGAUCAAGUUUCAGAUGCUCCAGAGGAAAGGACUUCGCCCUCUCAAGACCCUCAGCAACCCAUGAGCACCGUCACUGUAAUGGAAGAUAUUGGUAUAUCAGAGAAUGACAAGAAAGAGGAAGAACCAUCCACUGAAGGCCCUGCCUCUGUCACUGAAGUGAAUCUCAAGUCUAUAGGAUUAAUGAGUAAGAAAAGUGGUGUUCUCUUGCUCAUUCUUGUGUCCUUCCUCAUUUUCACACUCUUCAUCAUUGUCCAGCUCUUCAUAAUGAAGCUACGGAAAGCACAUAUGAUCUGGAAAAAAGAAAAUGAAAUUUCAGAUCACACACUGGAAAGUUACAAAUCCAGAUCAAAUAAUGAGGAAACAUCAUCCCAAGAGAAAAAUGGCCAAACUUUCCAACCUAAGAGCUGCAUGAACUACGUCACACGAUUAUACACAGAAGCAAAAUCAAAGAGGAAGGGAAAUGCCCAAAAUUCACAAGUACAAGGCGCACACACUCAUAUGCCAGAGAAUGUUGUGUAG